AUGGCGGAGAUGGACGAGGAGAUGGAGGACGCCCAUGUUCGAGGGGAUGACGACGACGGAGUCGGAGCGGUGGAUUUCCUUAACCUGGAGGUGGAUUUCGAGUACGAGUUCGAAGCGUCAAGGUACUUCGAUUUCUGCAGACCGGAAUCGCCGUCAGAGUCCCGGGAAGCUGAGCUUUGGUUCGAGUCCGCCAGCAGCUACCCGCCGUCCCGUACGUCGUUCUAAUCCUCACCCUCUCCAUACCGUAAUCGAUGCCCAAAUCUGACUCAAUGGUUUCCAAGUGGGAAAUCUUUUCUCCUAUACUGCCGUGCACUCGUGUGUUGAUCAUCGUUCGCCUCCUUCUCUCUCUCUCUCUCUCUGUCUCUCUCUCUCUCUCUCCUACACUUUCUCCGUCGCCUUCUAUAUGCAUGUGAGAAUGCAACCUGCAUUUCGGUUUCCGGAAUCGACUCUGAAGGUUAAUUUUCGGUACUUCGGUGAUUGAAACUAUUUACGUGCAUAUCUCUCCUCUUUAUGCAUUAUAGAAAUGCCGAGGAUUGCUUAAACAGCUCUGAUUUCCUGUCAGCUCAUUUCUGUUUUCCUGCGAGGCUCGUCUUAAAUCACCGCGUUGUCAUAUUACUUCUGAUUGCGGUUCUGAUUACUCAGUCAUGUAGUUCCUUGACAUUCUUCCUAAUGAUGCAACGUCUGACUUUUGGCGCUAAAGAUAUCCUGUAAGAUUUAGGUCCUCAUUCUUGUGUUUCUUUAUGAGAAGAUUCCAUUCGGUGAAGGUUCGUCGUUCUACAGUUGUUAUGCCCAGUCAUUUUUAAUAUGUAUGACCAUAAGAUGGCCGUUUUAGGAGUUCAUGUAAUACGCAUGUUGUGGAAUAUUCGGACAAAUCACUGAGAGAUCCUACCUAGCUUUAUAUUUCUGUGAAUUAAUAUAUCUACUGUAAAUCCGCUGUUUUCAUGAGACGGCGCAGAGAUGAACUCUCAAGGCCCGGUUUUCUGUUAUCUCUGUGACCCUCAUUUCUGUCAUCUUUUUAGCAGAGAUAAAAAAUAUUCUAGAUCACUUAGAGCCUCGCAGUGAUGACCUUUGUAGCGUUUUUUCAAUUUUUAAAAUAAUUUUAAUAGUCUGACUUCCCUAACAUGCUGGUUGAUAAAAUUAACGUAUAAACCUUGAUCAAUCAGUCGAGUGAUGAGAAAGGGAUCUUCAUACUGUAUUCAUUGUGAAAAUGAUAAAUAGUUCUUCAUCUUCUGGAGCCCGAGUUAUUCCACAGUUAGAGUUUCUGGUAUCUAAAAUCUAGUCUAAUCACAAAAACGACUUCAUUUUAUCUCGCUUUUUUCGUUGAAGCCUAGAGGCGUGUAUUUAAAGGUAUUUAAACUCUUUUGUUUACUUGAAUAAUUUAAAAAAGCUGAAUCUUGAGAUAUCACUGUCACUGGGACUAGGAUUUUCAUCUCUCUCUCAAAAUAGAUUUCUUCUUAUGAAAUUAGCUAAGGCCACUAUCACUAGUUCUUUUGUGAUUGUGCUCAGUAAAAUGUUGGACGUUUAUGUCAUCUUCUUGUGAAAGAAACACCGAGUACUGACUUCGGGCCUUUUUAUUUUUUUGAUUUAACCUUAUGUUACUUGAGAAUUAAUUGAAUGAGAUGGAAAUUAUGCUGAAUUUAAUAAGUUUUUGAUCACUCUUUUUUUCAUGAGUGACGUAAAACGACUACUAAUCCCAUUUCAAUAUCCUUUUCAGCAUUUAUAGCAAAGAUAGACCUUGGAACAGAUAUUUUUGGGGAAAAUGUAGAUAUUCCUUCAGAGUUUAACAAUGUGGUGAGUACCUACGGUGUUACAUACUCGGAUGAUGGAUCAUGCAUAGAGCUUCACACAACGGAAGAAACUGAAGGAGGUAAACAUAGGAGAAAGAAAGUCUCGAUGGUAUCUCAUUAUUUUAUCUAGAAUAUAGUUUUUCAUAAAUUUAAAAAUUUUCAAUUCAUAUUUUUUCAUCAUUCAUAUAAAGAAAAUUUCUUUUCGAUUUUAUCGAUCAAAAUUGUUUUAAAAUUGUUGAUGAUUUUUUGGAUAAUUGAUUCGUGUUAUGUACUGGGGCUAGGGUCAAUUUAUGGAUACAUUUCCUGUUGUAAAUUCCUGAAUUCGCAGAAUAUCAUUUCUUGAUUUCUGUGACACUUUUAUUAAAUUGGCAAGUCAUUCUUAUUGCUGAAUCUUUUAUAAGAAAAUAAUAACUUGUUUUCUGAUUUUCUUGUAGGUACCGUUCUUGAACCUGAAGCGUCCAAUUAUUUUCCGAAGGUUGAUGUAAAGUUUGCCAUAAAAUUGCCAGUUGCAACCAGAUCGACUUUGAUGAAACCCACCGCAAGUCAUUUGGCAAAGCAGAACGAUCCUAGAGAUAUUAAAACCACUAGUCGGAUUUUGCAUCGGUAAUUGCUAUUUUGUAUAUUUCUUUUUCCGAUGGUUGUUUUCCUUCGCUGAAUUUACUUAGACAAUCUUCAGUUGGAGUCUUAUGAGGAGUUUUUCCCAUAUCCAUAUCAUGGCAAUGACCAUUAUUUGUUUACUUUUUAUCACCACUUAACUUUAUUCUCUUUGCAUGUCUUAUAAUGGUUCACACCUGUUUUCAGGUUUCAUAAAUCAUCCACUCAGAACAGUGAGAAGAGCUGUACGGAUGCAUCUGAUCGUACAGACCAGGCGUACAAGAGGCAGAAGCUGGAGGGAGGUCAUUCAAGAAAGGUUUUUUUUUGAAGCUUUAAUUUCGUUUCCUUCUAUGAUAGUGCUAACGCCUUUAUUAUUAUUUCCACUGAGUUGUAUUGUUGUUCGUGGUGUUUCUAUUAUUGAGAAUGGUUGGUUUAUAUUAUAUUUUUUUUGUGCUGCUUUAAUCUUGUGAUCCAAAGUUGGGUCAUAAUAGUCCGAUUAUUGAUUUAAGGGUAAUUCUUACAUCGAAAUGAGAAUGCCUAGAGUUAACAACCAGUGUAUUACUAUGAUUAUAACAUGUAUUUCCCUUCCCUUUUUGUAGUUUCUUUCUGGUUGAACUGACUCGAUGCAUUUGAUGUUUUAGCAUGCCAGAUUUUAAAUCAGAAGAAUCUAAAAAAUGGAUCUUUAUCAACAUCGCUGCUGCAGUACCAUUGAAAGUUUUUUGCUUUCCUUAUAAUGCGCUCAUUUCCUUUGGUUCAAGUUUGUUUUAUUACAUCCUUGAAUACAGUAUUAGAUUUUCUCGGUGAAGUUGCCUUCACUUCCUGGACAGUCUUUAUCCCCUAUUUUUUUAACCUCGUUUAGAUAAGGCUAGUGGAAAUAAAUGUGAGUAGGUUUCCAGCACAAUGAUGAAAGAACGUUUAAUAUGUUAGUUGGUAUAUGCUUGUAUCACUUAACGCAAAUUGUUUUCUGGGUCUUGGAGCCGGGAGGCUUUAUACACAGGAGUGCAAAUUAUAAAUGAGGCUGGUCCAUGCUGAAAGAUGCGGACAAUCUUGUACAACUAGGCUUGAUACCUAGAACAAAGGAAAUGCCGUGGCUUUGGAUGGUUGUUUUCCGUGUUUGUUUGGAUCCUUACAUAUGUGUUCCUCUAUUGUGCUUUAGUUCUUGUUGCUUUUGGUAAUUCGUUAAUUCCUCUUCACAAAUAUUUUGAAAAUAUUAUUGACAACAUUCUCAUACAGUGUCAGGUGACUUUUCCUUCACCUUUUGCUCUUUUUGAAACCAGGUACAUGAUUUGAAGCAACAGACGCAGCUGGUACAUAAGAUUCCUCAAAAGGUGAUAUCCCUGUCUUAGGAAUGCAAACAAUCCAAUGGUCAUAGUCGCGAUUUCUUUCACAUUUCCGGGCAUAGAAAUGUUAUUCAAGUUUCCAUGGAUUCUUGUUGAUUCAUGGUCCAAUGUUACCUAUUUUCUUGAUUAAUCUCCUUUCCCUCUAGUUUUUGUAGUUCUUUCUUUCUAUACCGGAAUUGGGUCCUCAAUAAACUGCUAGAUAGUUCUGAAUUUUCUUGGCGAGGCGCCUUUUGUGCCGUAUGUAACUAUAUUUGACUGAUUUUUUUGUUUAUGACUCAGAAGGAGCAUAGUGAUGGCAAUCCUGGAUUGCGUAGGUUGAAGAUCACCAUUCCAAAGGAGCCUGACCUCGGAACAGCUCGAAGAGCACAACGGCCAAGGUAUUACUUUACCCCAUGGGAAUAAAUCUUCUGGAACGCUGUGAGGGAAAAAAAAUGUGAAAAAGUUGUCUUUAUACAUUUUUUCCCUGCUUGUUAGGCCUGGUAGGAGUAGAGAGGUGGAGUUGCAGGAUGCUUCGACAAUUACAAUGUUUAGGGCGCGACCACUAAACAGAAAGGUUGGUGUAACCAUUUAGGCCUUAAGGAGUAUUGCUUAGAGCAUGUUUCAAUCUAUUUUUUAUGUAGAUUCUUGAAGCUCCAUCGUUGCCAUUACACCAGAAGAGCACACCACGUUUGCCAGAGUUUCAAGUAUGCUCUUUUAUGCGAAUGAUACUGUGUAUCAUUUGGUUAUACAUAUACUAUACUCUGGUUGUGUUGACUGUUGGCUGAGAUUGACGUGUAGGAAUUUCAUUUGAAGACAUCUGAGAGGGCUAUGCAGCAUGCAUCUGCGUCAUCAUCGUUUCAGGUGAAUUAUGAACACUCAUCUUGUUUUAAUUAUGGAUAUUCACGAUUGUUGUCUCGAAAACCUCAACUGGUUUCAUUCGUUUGUUUUUUAUUAAUAUUUGAAUCUAAUAACGUAAUAAUUAUUGCAGGUUAGAAAUAAUAUGCCCAGGUCUCAUUCACAGACCGUUGCUACAAGGAACAGGCUACAACCACAUUCUUCUGUCUCUCUCUACCCUCAUAUGUAAGUUGGAGACGUUGUAGAGAAUUUAUGCGCAAUAUUUUUUUCAUGCAUUAAGAAUUUAUCAAUUUUCUGUGGUCUAGUCGAUGGUUUUAACAUUUCUCCCCGCUUAAUAAGUAUUGUCAAUGUAGAAAAAGUGCCUGCGUGGAUUCUCUCUGGAACUUCCCAAUUCCAAUGUGUACUCAUUGUCAUAGAUGGAGCCAAUGGUUUGAUGGCUAUGUGCUCCGUGUUGACGCAAUAGCUAAAUCCAAACAAUCUGUCUGUUUUUUCUUUUUUCUUCCAGAAUCUCUCAUAGAGUAUCAUCCGUUGUUCUUGACCAGGGUGAAUAAUAUAAGUCCUCUAUGCCAUAAAUGGAUCAAAACAGCAGCCAUUUGUCAUAUAAAAACAAUUUAACGCAACAUUAUGUGCAUCUGUUCUUUUAGGAUCAUUCUGUUUUGCGUAUAAUGUUUCACGUCCCUCUUGUUUUUAACGGCGUGGAAGGUUGUGUUUCUCAGGCAUACUCACCAAUAUUGAGAGCGUUCUCUCAAAUAACUCAAAAAAAACUUGUGUGAAAGUAGACAAUGCUUGUAGUUUUUUCUGCUGAUCAUGCGUUCAAUAAUGCCACUAGCUCAGUUUAUAGGGUAGUCCGUAGUUUUUGAGGAGCCGGUUAUUUAUAGUAUUAAUCUUUAUAAGACCUAAUAAUAAGUUCAUGUGUACAGUGAAGGUGCUCUAUGAGAAUUGUCUCCUCUGGACCAAGUAAACGCUGACUGUGUUAAUUGGCAUGAUGGCUGAAGAAUUCUUGUUGGACAUGAGCAUAUUAUUUCAAAUUCCAGCUUAGUUUUUGUCCUGUUCCUUGAAAAACCAAUGCGUAGCUUGAGCAUAUGUCAAUAUAUUUCAAUUUAGUUCUUUCUGUAGGUUGCAUCCUAAUGAUGAACAGCGUCAAGAAGAAUGUAAGAAAGAGUUGCUCAAGUUUGAGGCACGAUCUCUUAAUAAAAAGGUGAAACUAUCAUGCCUGCUCAUGAAUCUGCUAUUGAUGUGGAUAAUUUAGGCAAUCACUACUCAUCUGUCAUUACUGUGAUCAAAUACAGAUACUGUCCUCCAAAGGAGACGCGUGUGUAUUUCGUAGCAAGAAGAGGGAAACAACGAAACCUUCGGUGAUCUUGUUCUUCCGAUGCCAUUAAAUGCACUUCUUGUGCUAAAUCUGUAUUCAUUUUUCUUUUUAAUUCUCAAUGGAAAGUAUAUGAUUUUCUUUAAAAUUCAUUGUAGGAAUUCAAUUUCAAAACAGAGAAAAGAUGCCAUCAAGGUCUGCCCAUAGAUCUUUUUAAUAAGGUACGGCCUUGAUUUAUGUUGUUAGAAUAGCUCCGCAUUAAUGGGAGGGAGUAAGCUUGUGGGAAGUCAAAAAUAUGUUGAUGGGCCUAUUCUGCUCAUUGGUUUGGCAUUAUGAUCUGAUUCUUUGACACAUAUUAUUUUGCCCUUGAUGAUGAAACUUUCGGUUUGACAUUCGGGAAGUCAAAACUUAAUUCCUUGUGUCUAUUAUAUCGUUGCCUCUUUAUUUUUAGCUUUCAUUGAUCUCCGAAGACCAGCAGAAUUCGAUGCCGGAUUUGAAAAAUUCUCAUCCCACUCAUGUGAGGUCUCUAACUUUUUCCAUUUGUUCCACAACUAAUGCUCUACGUCAUGAAUGCAUCUUUUCUGAUGAUAUCCUAAAUUCUUUCUACUUUCAAUGCCAGGGCUCAAAAGAGAACAUUGAUAAAGUCAGACGACAAGAUCAUGAGGUAAAAAUGAGUGUGCUGAAAGUAUUAAAGGCAAUUUUUCUAGUUGGAGUUCUAUAUUUUCUGGGUAUUUAUUGUUUCUAGUGGAAAAACUCUGCUUUCUGGCCAUCCAUUUUUUGUAGGCUCUCCCUACGGGCGAGAUAGGACAGAAAAUCAGUGGGAGGUGGCGACUCCAGAGUGAGCGGGAUCUGGUGACCUCCUCAUUCAGGUCUCGACCUUAUCUGUGCAGGUAAGCCUCGUUAAAGUAGAAGGGGUUGACCACCCCAAAUGUUUCAAACUGUUCAUUCUUGGCCUUGUUUUCAGAAUUUCUUCUGAAAUGUCAAACAAAACUUCUGAUGAGAUAUGUUUUGCAACAUGGUUUUUGCCCCCAACUUCUUUUUGCUCGUGGAAACAUGAUGAUGAGCUGAAGCAGCUGCAUAAAUAUUAUCCUUGCCAAGUGGAUGAUUGGGAUGAAUAUUCUGUCAACUAGUCCUCUUAACUGUGUCUUGCUGGAUAAACGUGUAUUCAGCAUGGUAAAUCUAGUGAGUUAUGAAUCAUAAUAAGUAAACCCAUUGCAUUUAUUUUAUAUGAUGUUAUGUUGAUGUUGUUUGCCCUCAAUAGGCAGUCCUUUCUUUGGUAAAUCUCUGAGUCGUUGUAGUCUUUUAGCAUGAUUGCAAGCAGCAGCCAGUAUCAGGUGAAGGAAAACGUCAGAGUGAUCACACCGUAUGAUUCUGGUAGUUCUAAUCCGAUUCAUUAUUUACUAGAUAAUCACAUAUACUGAUUGUGGGCAGUAGCAUCCCUUAUGGCUCUUCCCUCUUUGAGAGAUGGAUGAGACUCUUGUGGGUUGUAAUCCCAGAGAGAAUCGUGCCUCCUGGGUUGCGACGGCAUCUCCUUGAGAUCUGAGAACAAUUCGUUUUUCUUUUUUUCUUUUUUAAGUACCCGGUUGACUUUUGAGCGCUAGGGAAACCCAAACGCUAGUCUCUUUCCCCUCUGGGAGAUUCCUUAAUGACGUCGUUGUUUACUUUACUCGCAGGAAUACCGGGAUUCGUUGACCAAUAAAGUCAACAUAUUAUUUUUCCGAGUCUUGGCGACUGUUGCCCGGGCCUGGGCAGCUCGGCUGUCUGAUUCUUGCGGAUGUGAAGUCCAAUCUUGGGGGGGAAUGCGGAAGCAGGGGGGACGAGAGGGGGGGGGGGGAUGAGGAUGAGCCUCUGGAAGAAGAGCCCCUGCCUGGCCUUUUUUUUUUGGGUGCGGAUCAGAUGAGCUUUCGGAGGCGUGGUUGUACAGGUACUUGGAAGCUCGGUGUAGAGAAGCUCCCCCUCCCCCCUCACCCUUGUUUCAAGUACGGUGAUGGUCAUAAUCAUAAUAUGA